CCCGAAAUCGUCACCUAAGAAUCUGGUGGUCCGGCUGUUGACCGUACGCUAAUCAAGGCCUAGGUCAUACUUCGCACAGGAUACUCAGAUAAUGACCCCAUCAUCGUCGACGGCGUCGGCACCACUUUCAACGUCGUCUACCACGUCCACGACAGCCUUAUCGACGUCGCCUACUACUACAGCGUCCUACUCAACCGGUGAUCAUAUCUACAAGGGUAAACAUACAAACAGAUCAUGGCAACAACUCCCCCCAGAGCUCAUCAGGCAUAUUGCAUCUUUGUACCUCAAGGAUGUCGCUACACACCUUUAUUGUCCAGUUACUUGGGAAGUCAAAGAAGUUUGGCCUUCCAGAAUGGUCUACGCCGCUUUAUGUCAGGCCAUUGAACUUGAGAAGUUGAUGAACGUCACCCCUUCUUGGUGCACUGCUCUUAAAUCACAUCUAUUUUGGAAUCAUGCAUGCGCACUCUUGGAUCCUCAUGACAUACUCCACCAAUAUUCUAUCGUACGCCCUCAACCCCCUGCAGAUGGGGCUGCAGGGGCUGCAACUAUUGCGCCACAACCUUACCGCUUACCUGCUCACACCCAUUUUCGCACUAUGACCUACCAUUCCUGCAUCAUCUGCCGCAUCAAUUCACCUUGUUCUUCCGUCGGUCUCGGUGCCGCAAAACGAACCCAUGUUAUCCCCAGGUUGGGCGUGAUAUCUGUGUGUCGCGAGCAUCGCAAAACCACGUUCUGCGGUGUAUGCCUACGUGAGGCUCCCGCCGCUGAGUGCGAUCCCCAGUUUGAUGUCCAAAGCAACAUGCGUCUCAGCGGUUACAAUCAACUGUACAGCCAUGGCAAUUUUAAUCUCUCAAUGGGCGGCUAUAACCCAUAUGCAACUACCCUCAAUCCUGCCUUGAUGGUACUGUGUUCUGAAAACGAAGAUGAUGAAACCUGGCCUGGCGUUGAUGCAACGUGUCGGUCAUGUCGUACAGAAGGGCUCUGGAACCGUAUCAAAUCAAGUGCUCGUGACCGCGAGGCGAUUGGUGGCCCACGUUUUGUUCAAUCCUCAUCCUCAUCACGUUCCUCGCCCGCAAACCAGCGACAUAUGGCAUUAGCACGCGUAGCACCCUGGAAAUACGCAUCAGCAGACUGGGAAACGCGUCAAACAGUCGACGCGUUCAUCGAACUUGGUGAAGGCUCCAUUACAGAGGUCCUCAACGUUGCCCGCGAAAAGCUGUGGCUACGGUCAUACACGAAAAUGCCGGAGUUGAUGGAGCAAGCUGUCGCUGCUACCCGUUGGGCCAGCGAAGGCAUGGGAACUGACUUCUCGCAAAAUACUGCUUACCAUCAUCGUGAACCGGAGAGCGUCGUAGCGUCACAGCAAGAUCAUACACGCACUACAGAAGGCGGGGACUCAUAUAGCCCAAUCAAUAGCCUGUCUCCUUCACGUCGUUCACGCUCACCGUCUCCGCGCUCCGCGUACUCCUCAGAUUACGAGGGUUCGGAGGAUGAGGAUGACCCCGACUUGCUUUCAAUGACUGAAGAUGCAGGUGGCGUGCGAGACCUGGCCAUUGCUGAUUGGGCACGGACACGAAUUCUUGACGGACACUGGUGCAGUCCUGCCGACCAGUGGUAUGGCUACGCUCGACCAAUUGGUGGAGGUGUCAGAGAUCCUGGCGAGGAACCCGACUGCGAGUCGGAAACUGACGAUGACGAACCUCUUGAGAGUGGACAGUCUCGCCGCCGCGUCAGAGUUACCGCCACACAUCCUUGUCCAUGGACACUCUCAAGGCCCUCAUCCCCGUCGUCUCUCCCCUCCCCCACAGACGACUCACAUCCACGUCUCUCAACUGUUCGUUCUCAGGCCCCACCUUCGUUUGGACUUUGUGAGCAUGCUUUUCGGGCAUUCUCAAAACAGCUGCGCCAGAUUCUCUUGCCUGGGAUGAACAACAUUGUCCGGCGGCUCGUUAUCGAGUCUGCGAAUGGGAUAGGGGGCGCUUGGGUCGACCCUGCCGUACGUGCGUCGAAGAUGAACCUUGAAGACGUGCUCGCUGAAUUGCGGACGCCUGGGGUAUGGUUUGACGGCGUUGAUUGGGCAGCCGGCGGCUUGGACCUCGGCGGUAGGCGUGAAGACGACUCCUUGAGUAGCACUAGUGCAUCAACGAGAAGCGAUGGAUCGCACACGACGAGUCCUGUUCUUUCUACGACUACGCUACACACCACGCCAUCGCCUCCACCAUCACAUGCUGAGGAGAAAGAGCAUCAUGAGGCUGUGAUUUCAAGGCCCAAACCACCACAAGUCGUCAUCCCCAUUCCUGUGUCGCCGGUGUUAGAGUCGCCCAAACUAUUACAUCCUAUCCCUUAUGUACCGGUUACGCUGGCGCAUAUGGCGCAGUACAGUCUUGAGGCGUUCAAACAGGUUUGGCGCGAGGCAUGUGCACCACUAUACCAUUGCCGAUGUUCUGUCUGCGAACGUGCAAUGGUGAAGGCAAAUGUGGCCGCUGGUAACCUUGUCACUCCUCAGGUGCGACCUGCGCCACAAAAUGAUCCCCAAACCCGAGUGUCUCAGCCGCAGCCACCACAAGAGCAUGAGCAUUUGACUGAAAUAGUUCUAGAAGAGGUACGUGUUCCAAGAAACAAUCUGGUAAAGGAGGAAGAGGAAGAAGAGUUAGAAGACGAGGAAGAGUUAGCGACUGAGGAGCAAUAUGAGCUCACGAUCCCGCGCUCCCAGACACACACAGUCACGCCCCGAAAACGCUCUUCUGGAGACCUCGAGGCAGAGAACGCCGCUGCUGGUGACUCUGUCGAGGAUCGUCCUGUUGAAGAUCGAACGCGGCGUGGAGAGUCCGUGGCACCGAACCCUACGCCUCGUCAACGAAAACGCUCUUCAGAAGAACUGGACGGUGGCAAUGACUCACCUCCGUCUCGGGGUGAUUGCCUACAAAAACGACUGCGGGUUGAGGAGUCCUCACCGAGCUCCCGCUCAGCUCCGCGCGCACUCAGCGUCUCCCCUCCUGUGUUGGAACGCGCAGACGGGUAUAGCAGGAAGGGCUUUGUUGACGCUGGGGAUGGUGACUUUAGCUGUUUGCGAACGGGCUUGGUGAAUGGUGGCGAGCUGGACGGGUUGUACGUGUUCGAGGAGUCGUAGUUAAUUUAAGGAGUGGAAUUGUGUUCAGCAUGGCAUGUUUUCAACUCUUGUAUUUUGCAUUUUGUACAACUAUACCAUAUCUCCUUGGUUUUCCGACGAUGGCUUCCAUUGUUGCUCAUUUCUCUUGGUGGUCGUCAAAAAGAAUCCACCAUCAAGGAAU